GAGGGACCGUUGGGGCGGGCGGCGGCGGCGGCGAGCCCUGCGGGCAGUGAGUGUGGAGGCGCGGACGCGCGGCGGAGCUCGAUCUGCUGCAGCUGCUGCCGCCGCCGGAGAAACCUUGAUCCCCGCGCUCCAGACACCCCGGCCUUACCAUGGCUGACCAGCUGACUGAGGAGCAGAUUGCAGAGUUCAAGGAGGCCUUCUCCCUCUUUGACAAGGAUGGAGAUGGCACUAUCACCACCAAGGAGCUGGGGACGGUGAUGAGGUCCCUGGGACAGAACCCCACCGAAGCAGAGCUGCAGGACAUGAUUAAUGAGGUGGACGCAGAUGGGAAUGGGACCAUUGACUUCCCGGAGUUCCUGACCAUGAUGGCCCGAAAGAUGAAGGAUACCGACAGCGAGGAGGAGAUCCGAGAGGCCUUCCGUGUCUUUGACAAGGAUGGCAAUGGCUACAUCAGCGCGGCAGAGCUGCGUCAUGUAAUGACGAACCUGGGUGAGAAGCUGACCGAUGAGGAAGUGGAUGAGAUGAUCAGAGAGGCUGACAUUGACGGAGACGGCCAGGUCAAUUAUGAAGAGUUUGUACAGAUGAUGACCGCGAAGUGAGCGCCCGGGCAGCUGGCAAUGCCCAAUCUCUUGAUCUCUCUUCUCGCGCGCGCACUCUCUUCAACACUCCCUGCGUACCCCGGUUCUAACAAACACCAAUCGGUUGACUGAGAAUCUGAAAAAGCAACAAAGAUUUGUCCCAAGCUGCAUGACUGCCCUUGCUCCUUCCUCCCUGAGUCUCCUUCAUGCCCCCCAUCUCUUCCUUUUGCCCCGCCCACUUCCAUUCCCCUCUUCCAAGGCCUGAUGCAUUCAUAAGAUGAGCCUCCUCCCCCCACCCCCAUUCCCCCAGGGGUGCCUCUGCCCUCCUCCUCCAGCCCGGGUGGCUCUCCUCCAUUUCGGUUUGUUUCCUUUGGUUUGUCAUCUUAUUUUGGGUGCUGGGGUGGCCGCCAGCCCUGCCUCGGGACCUGCUAGGGAGGGGACGAGGCCCUCACCCAGGCAGAAGAGCAUGCCUGUGCCAUUGCAUGCAACCAGCCCUGUGAUUCCAUGUGCAAAUCCCAGCAGCCUUUUGGGGCAGGGGUGCGGAGAGAGGCAUUCCAGAAGGACUAGGGUGAGUGAGGAGUUCUGGUGUUGGCUGGAUGUGGCCCCGGAGAGGGUCGAGGGGCAAGGGAGUCUUGGAAGCUGGCAUUCUUUUACCACUUGAGGGGGCCAACUCAUAGAAGGGGAUGGACCGAGUGGACAACACUCAGACCCCAGUGGCUGCUAUUCUGAACUCAUCUGAUUGGCUUCCUGACGCUGGGCUGGGUGGGGGCUGCUCAGUUGGCCACUCUGCAGAUUGUACCUUCCCGUGUCCCUAAAGCGAUCUCAAGCUGUUCUGUAAAUACCUGGUGCUAACAUCCCACGCGCUCUGUCAUGAUGCACCCGCCCACCCGCAUUGAGGUCCCCUCAUGGGAACCAAUGUGUGGGGAUGGUCGCUUUAUAAUGUGCUGGUUGUUUUUUUAUUUAUGCCCCUAGAAAACUUUAAAUUUUGUCAAAAACCAUGCUGGGCUAGCUGAGGGGUGGGGAGAGGAAAGAUGCACCCCACCAGGCCCUCGAGAGAACACACCUGCAAUAAACAAUCUAGUCGGCCUGCUGCCUGGAGCCCGGUCCUUGGUGGCUCUGCUUCCUGGCCAGCCGGCCCCUCCUCCAUGGUGACUUGCUGGCUCCCUCACAUCUGUGCUGUCUCUGUGCCCACCUCUCCCCUCGCCCACCUGCCUGCCCCCACACUCCCCAGCGGAGAGCAUGAUCCGUGACCUUGCUUCUGACUUUGUGGGACAAGUAAGUCAAUGUGGGCAGUUCAAUCGUCUGGAUUUUUUUUCCUGUUUCGGUUCUUUUCAUCUGCCCCCUACCCCCCACCCCCAGGUGGAUCAAGUGGCUUUUCCUGGGACCUGCCCAGCUUUGAGAAUCUCUUGUCAUCCACCCUCUGGCACCCAGCCUCCGGGGGAGGGAGGGAAGCGGUGGGGCAUAGUUGGAGACCCAGCCAAGAGCUGAGGGUAAGGGCAGGUAGGCAUAAGGCUGUGGACAUUUUCGGAGUGUUUUGGUUUGGGUUUUGUUUCUUUUUAAACCGGGCAAUAUUGUGUUCAGUUCAAGCUGUGAAGAAAAAUAUAUAUCAAUGUUUUCCAAUAAAAUACAGUGACUACCUGA